UUUCUAUAAUAACUAGGGGGCGUCCGGAGGGAGGCGGCAGCGGCGGAGGAGGGGGCGUCUUAAAGAAGGGGAGGGAGGGAGCCACGGGUGAAGCGACGGCAGCCUCCUGAGCUCCCCCCUCCCACCCUGACCCGGACCUGGGGUCUCAGGCCGGAUCCAUGGGGGCAGCAAGCUGCGAGGAUGAGGAGCUGGAAUUUAAGCUGGUGUUCGGGGAGGAAAAGGAGGCCCCCCCGCUGAGCGCGGGGGGGCCGGGGGAAGAACUGGACUCAGAGGACACGCCGCCAUGCUGCCGUCUGGCCCUGGGGGAGCCCCCUCCCUAUGGCGCCACCCCUAUUGGCAUUCCCCGGCCGCCACCCCCUCGGCCUGGCAUGCACUCACCACCGCCCCGUCCAGCCCCCUCACCAGGCACUUGGGAGAGCCAGCCAGCCCGGUCGGUGAGGCUGGGGGGGCCAGGAGGGAGCUCUGGUGGGGCUGGGGGAGGCCGUGUCCUUGAGUGUCCAAGCAUCCGCAUCACUUCCAUCUCUCCUACUCCUGACCCGCCAGCUACUCUGGAGGACAACCCUGAUGCCUGGGGGGACGGCUCUCCCAGGGAUUACCCCCCUCCAGAAGGUUUUGGAGGCUACCGAGAGGCAGGGGGCCAGGGCGGGGGCCCCUUCUUCAGCCCGAGCCCUGGCAGCAGCAGCCUGUCCUCGUGGAGCUUCUUCUCAGAUGCCUCUGAUGAGGCAGCCUUGUAUGCCGCCUGCGACGAGGUGGAGUCUGAACUAAAUGAAGCAGCUUCCCGAUUUGGCCUAGGUUCCCCACUGCCCUCGCCGCGAGCAUCCCCUAGGCCAUGGACCCCUGAUGAUCCCUGGAGCCUGUAUGGUCCAAGCCCUGGAGGCCGGGGACCAGAAGAUAGCUGGCUACUUCUCAGUGCUCCUGGGCCCACCCCAGCCUCCCCACGGCCUGCCUCUCCAUGUGGCAAACGGCGCUAUUCCAGCUCGGGAACCCCAUCUUCAGCCUCUCCAGCUCUGUCCCGCCGGGGCAGCCUGGGAGAGGAGGGCCCGGAGCCACCUCCACCACCCCCAUUGCCUCUGGCCCGGGAUCCUGGAUCCCCUGGUCCCUUUGACUAUGUGGGGGCCCCACCAACAGAGAGCAUCCCCCAAAAAACCCGGAGGACUUCCAGUGAGCAGGCAGUGGCCCUGCCUCGGUCUGAGGAGCCUGCCCCCUGUAAUGGGAAGCUGCCUUCAGGAGCAGAGGAGGCUGCAGCUCCUCCAGGUGGUCCUCGGAAGGAGGUGGCCGGCAUGGACUACCUGGCAGUGCCUUCCCCUCUGGCGUGGUCCAAGGCCCGGAUUGGGGGACACAGCCCCAUCUUCAGGACCUCUGCCCUACCCCCACUGGACUGGCCUCUGCCCAGCCAGUAUGAGCAGCUGGAGCUGAGGAUUGAGGUGCAGCCUAGAGCCCACCACCGGGCCCACUACGAGACAGAGGGCAGCCGAGGUGCUGUCAAAGCUGCCCCUGGUGGUCACCCUGUAGUCAAGCUCCUAGGCUACAGUGAGAAGCCACUGACCCUACAGAUGUUCAUUGGCACUGCAGAUGAAAGGAACCUGCGGCCUCAUGCCUUCUAUCAGGUACACCGCAUCACCGGCAAGAUGGUGGCGACAGCCAGCUAUGAAGCCGUGGUCAGUGGUACCAAGGUGCUGGAGAUGACCCUGCUUCCUGAGAACAACAUGGCAGCCAACAUUGACUGUGCUGGAAUCCUGAAGCUUCGGAAUUCAGACAUUGAGCUGCGGAAGGGUGAGACGGACAUCGGGCGCAAGAACACACGAGUGCGGCUGGUAUUCCGGGUACACGUGCCCCAGGGCAGCGGGAAGGUCGUCUCUGUACAGACAGCAUCCGUGCCCAUUGAGUGCUCCCAGCGCUCGGCCCAGGAGCUGCCCCAGGUGGAGGCCUACAGCCCCAGUGCCUGCUCAGUGAGAGGCGGAGAGGAGCUAGUGCUGACUGGCUCCAACUUCCUGCCAGACUCCAAGGUGGUGUUCAUCGAGAGGGGCCCCGAUGGAAAGCUACAAUGGGAGGAGGAGGCCACCGUGAAUCGGUUGCAGAGCAAUGAGGUGACACUGACCCUGACUGUCCCUGAGUACAGCAACAAGCGGGUGUCCCGGCCCGUCCAGGUCUACUUUUAUGUCUCCAAUGGGCGCAGGAAGCGCAGCCCUACCCAGAGUUUCAAGUUCCUGCCUGUGAUCUUCAAGGAAGAGCCCCUACCUGACUCAUCUCUCCGGGGCUUCCCUUCAGCCUCAGGCCCCCACUUUGGCACUGACAUGGACUUCUCACCACCCAGGCCCCCCUACCCCUCCUAUCCCCAUGAAGACCCUGCUUAUGAACCUCCUUACCUGUCGGAAGGCUUCAACUAUGGCACACCCCCUCUGUACCCCCAAACGGGGCCCCCACCAUCAUACAGACCUGGCCUUCGGAUGUUCCCUGAGACUGGGGCUUCCACAGGCUGUGCUCGCCCACCUCCAGUCUCCUUUCUUCCCCGGCCCUUCCCUAGUGAUCCCUAUGGGGGACGGGGCUCCCCCUUUCCCCUGGGGCUGCCAUUCCCUCCUCCAGCCCCUUUCCGGCCUCCACUGCCUUCCUCCCCGCCUCUGGAAGGCCCCUUCCCUCCCCAGAGUGGCGUUCAUCCCCCAUCUGCUGAGGGGUACAAUGAGGUAGGGCCAAGCUAUUGCCCUGGGGAGGGGACUCCGGAGCAGGAGAAAUCCAGGGGUGGCUACGGCAGCGGCUUCCGAGACAGUGUGCCUAUCCAGGGUAUCACGCUGGAGGAAGUGAGUGAGAUCAUUGGUCGGGACCUGAGUGGCUUCCCUGCGCCUCCCGGAGAAGAGCCUCCUGCCUGAACUGUCAACUGGCAACCCGCGCCUCCACAGCCCCUCCAGCCUUGCCCACUUUCCUUUCACCCUGGGGUGGUGGUUCCAGAAGCUUAGGGCCAAUCUGGUUUUUCUCUCCCUAGCUUUUGCCUUUCUCCCCUGCCCACCCUCCCCUCCCCUAGCUGAGAUGUGGCCCCCUGGGCCUGGUGCUGCCAGGGAGGGCUCGGGAGGAAGAGCGCGGAGGACUGGGGUGGGUGGAGACUGAGGCUUGGGUGGGAGGACGGCUGAUCGAAGGCUGCGUCUAGACUGUGUACGGGCCCUGGUGCUGGAGGCUGGGGACAGUCGAUGGGUAAUAAACCGCUCACUGAUGAGUGCUGA